GGAAAACAUACAGGAUGUAACCCGGGUCUCCGGCUCUGUGAUGCACCAACUCUACCGCUGUGCCACCGUGGUAUUUUGUGCGUCUGAUUUAUUUGGAGAGCAGGGAAGAGGUUACAGGAAUGGAUCUGUGUCGUCUUGUGCAUAAGUUUGGUGGCUGUCAACUUCCUGUUCUUGAUGCGGCAUUUUUCCACUGAUCACUUUUCCAAAUUAAUAAUCGCCAUGUUUGCUGGGAUUGUUACUGCAGACUUUGCCUCUGGCCUUAUACACUGGGGAGCUGACACCUGGGGUUCUGUGGAUAUUCCUGUCAUUGGGAAGGCAUUUAUCAGGCCCUUCCGGGAACAUCACAUCGAUCCGACUGCAAUAACCAGACACGACUUCAUUGAGACAAACGGGGAUAACUGCAUGUUUGCUGUGUGCCCGCUUGCACACAUGGCCUGCAGGUUCAUUGCCGACAGCCCAGAUGUUGUCCGUGAGGCCUAUCCCUGGCACUGCUACCUGUUCUGUCUGAGCGUCUUCGUCACCAUGACCAAUCAGAUCCACAAAUGGUCGCACUCCUACUUUGGCCUUCCCCGCGGUGUGGGAACGCUCCAGGAUCUGCACGUGAUCCUGCCCAGGAAACAUCACCGCGUCCACCACAUCGCCCCACACGAGACUUACUUCUGCAUCACCACAGGUAGGAAGGAGCAAGAGGCAGGAAAUGUCCCGCAGUAUAUGGAAACUAAGGCCCAUCGGCCCAACUUGCCCAUGCUGACCAACGAUGCUCCAUCUGAGGCCCUAAGGGUGGCUGAAUUAUCCCCUGGAACAGAUUGGGUUCUGGCGGCACCUGGAGCAUCUGAUAACGACCGUCACCGGACAGAAGCCAAGGACUGACGACAUGAAGUGGGCUCGCAAGGUGGAAUAAGAGGCGAGGUUACCCGUGCAAUAGUCGGACUCACAAUUCUCAGCCACGCCCAACAAAGCAAAGAAGCAAAUCAUUAAUUGUCCUUAUCCCUUGAUCAGCACUUUAAAAAAUUAGCAUCGUUGCACGAUUUGAUAUAUGACAAAACGAACUUUGAUUUGCAAAUUAUUGCUGCCAUUUAAACCAGCUGCUUGUGUAGAUAUGGACCAUUUCACUUCACUAUUAAUGCACAGAAUAAUGCUCACCCUUAUACAGGUCCACCACCGAUUUUUCCGCCAACUGGUGGUCCGGCACCUACUUUAAAACCGGACAAAAUCUCCCCCAAUCCUCUGGAAGUCCCCUCGAAAAUUAGGCGCCCUGGCCGGGAUAGGCGGCCAAUCUUGACCUCAUCGGGAGCUCCGCGGUCGAUCGGCGGGUGGAAUCUGCUCCUCCGCAGCCGGCAGAUCCGGCUACCGAGGCCGACUUUGCGGGCCAGACACGUUCUGGUGCCG